GGCCUGUGGGCCCGGGGAGGCUCCGUUGCUCGGUUCUUCCGAGUUCCUGACGCAGUGGCUGUGGUGGCAGCUCUGGCCGCUACUACCUGGUCCUACCCGCCGCAGUCUGUCACCCCCGCCGCCCUGGAACGGCUUUGGCGAAGCAGAAAUGCCGCCCCCGCUCAAUCGGGGCCUGUUGGUCCUGGUCCUGGUUCUGGGCUCUGUCGGCGCCGCCUUGGAAUUUAUGGCGCAGACCAACUCGGCAACAGAUCUUCUGAAUGUCCUUCUCGUCGUCGUGGAUGACUUGCGCCCCUCCCUGGGUUGUUACGGGGAUAAACUAGUGAAAUCCCCCAACAUCGACCAGCUGGCAUCCCGCAGUCUUCUCUUUCAGAAUGCAUUUGCCCAGCAAGCGGUGUGUGCCCCCAGCCGAGUGUCCUUCCUCACCGGGAGGAGACCCGACACCACGCGCCUCUAUGACUUCAACUCCUACUGGAGGGUGCAUGCUGGGAACUUCUCCACCAUCCCUCAGUACUUCAAAGAGAAUGGCUAUGUGACCAUGUCAGUUGGAAAAGUCUUUCACCCAGGUAUAUCAUCCAAUCAUAGUGAUGAUUUUCCCUAUAGCUGGUCUUUUCCACCUUAUCAUCCUUCCUCUGAGAAGUAUGAAAACACUAAGACAUGUAAGGGACAAGACGGAAAACUCCAUGCCAACCUGCUUUGUCCUGUGGAUGUGGAGGAUGUGCCUGAGGGCACCUUGCCUGACAAACAGAGCACAGAGCAAGCCAUUCAGUUGUUGGGGAAGAUGAAAACGUCGGGCAGUCCUUUCUUCUUGGCUGUUGGCUACCAUAAGCCACAUAUCCCCUUCAGAUACCCCAAGGAAUUCCAGAAAUUAUAUCCCUUGGAGAACAUCAGCCUGGCUCCUGAUCCUGAGGUCCCUGAUGGCCUACCCCCUGUAGCCUACAAUCCUUGGAUGGACAUCAGGCAGCGGGAGGAUGUCCAGUCCUUAAACAUCAGUGUGCCCUAUGGCCCAAUUCCUGUGGACUUUCAGCGGAGAAUUCGCCAGAGCUACUUCGCCUCUGUUUCAUAUGUGGAUGCGCAGAUUGGCCACCUUCUUAGUGCCUUGGAUGCUCUGCAGCUGGCUAGCAGCACCAUCGUUGUGUUUACUUCAGAUCAUGGUUGGGCUCUAGGUGAACAUGGAGAAUGGGCCAAGUACAGCAACUUUGAUGUCACUACGCGCGUGCCCCUGAUGUUCUAUGUUCCUGGGAGGACGGCUGCACUUCCAGAAGCGGGCGAGAAGCUUUUCCCAUACCUUGACCCCUUUGAUUCCAUCUCAGAACCGAUGGUUCCAGGCAGGCAAACCACGGACCUUGUGGAACUCUUGUCGCUCUUCCCUACACUCGCUGGACUGGCAGGACUGCAAGUUCCACCUCGCUGUCCCAUUCCUUCAUUUCAUGUUGGGCUGUGCAGAGAAGGCAAGAACCUUCUAAAGCAUUUUCGAUCUCAUCAGUUGGAAGAGGGUCCGUACGUCCCUGCUAAUCCCCGUGAGUCAGUUGCCUAUAGCCAGUACCCUCGGCCUGCAGACUUCCCUCAGUGGAAUUCUGACAAGCCAAGUUUGAAAGAUAUAAAGGUCAUGGGAUACUCCAUACGUACCAUAGACUAUAGAUACACUGUGUGGGUUAGCUUUAGUCCUGAUGAAUUUCUGGCUAACUUUUCUGACAUCCACGCAGGGGAGCUGUAUUUUGUGGAUUCGGAUCCACUGCAGGAUCACAAUAUGUAUAAUUACUCCCACAGUGAAGAAUUUCCCCUGCCUUUCACGCCUUGAGUUUUGUCAAGCACGGCGGUAAAGCGUGCCCUCUCCAGGUGGUGAGAGUAGUUAGUGCUGGUUAGACUGUGACUACUUGCCACGUUGCAGGCAUGCACGCAGUUGAAGUGUACACCAACAGCUUGGCCUAAAAAUUUAGUUUCUAUCCCAGUUUUUAUUUAUUGAAAUUAAUUGGUAAUUGGAUGGGGACUGGGAUGAGCCCGUUUUUCCUCUUAAACCAGUUAUAGCUUACCCAACUUAUUAAAUAAAUCAUCAGUCUUACUAAGUUGUAAAUCAUUUUAAGGAUUGUGAAGACUUUUAAUUAGUAUAAUUAACAUUUCAAUACCAUAGAAUGUAGUCAUAUAUUCCUUAAUGGGAAAGUAAGCAGAAAGGCAGGGUGGAGUAAUAAGAUUAGCCUGUAUCAUCUUAGGAAGGGAGGAAUAUUUACAAGUCAUAACUUGUCAAAGCUGAUCAAUUUUCAGUCACUUUCAGAAGAGCUAACAGCUGCCUAAAGAACCAAGUAAAGAUGAACAAGAUAUGACAGAUGGGAUUGUUUCUGAAGCAUUUAAAUGGUCACCAGAAAAAAACAAGACAUAUUAAAAUCAGUCAAAGUUGAUGAUAGCAAUUUCUUACUAAUUAGCCUAACCUAGUAGUAUAUAUUGCCAUGAUCUCAGAGGUUACUGGUCAGUUUGUGCUUGGGUGAAGAUUUUUCAUUUCUCAUGCUGUUGAAUUUGUCUGUUUCUUCUGGAAUCCUUGGCAUUUGUGGACAGUUUCUAUUAACUUUUUUUUCCUAUCACAUUUUGUAUCCUCUUAUUCUCUCCACUGUGGUUGUGACAAUACAAUCUAGAUUAUCUUUCUCACUCAUUUUCAGUAUAUUUAGCUUUGUUUAUACUGCCUUCUAGUUGGAAUGAAGCUUUCACACAGAUUUUCAUGUUACAUCCAUUUGUUUGCUGCCUCUGGUUGGUUACAGCAUGCACUCUUUUUUCUUGUUUUAUUUUUGAAGCACAGUUUUAGUAUCAGAAACCUCCAAGUUCUGCUCUUGAUGAAGUCAGUCGUAAGCUGGGGCUGUGUGUCAGGAGAGAAAGCAAGGAAGCUAUGGCAUGCAGCUGCCAGCUUAGCGGUGAGUCUGUCAUGCUUGUCUUCCAGCUGUGAGUUCUUAUUCCCUUCUGUGACCAGAACUCCAUCCGGUCUCCGUCUCCACGGGCUACUUUUAUACAUCUGCCUCCACAGGAAGCACUUGGCUCUCAUCCUUUCUGCAUGAGCGCAAAGCUCCAGAAUGCUUAGGUCUCCUUAGGUUUUAGUUUUUCUUGACUUUCCUUUAUGGAUUUCUCCUUCUAGAAGCAAGGGCUGCAUUUCAACUUGAAUGGAAUACAACAAGUCAUCUUACAAGUUACAGUUGUUUUUUGUGUUUCUUUAUUGAACCCAAUUUAGAGCUGUUUUCAUUUUUCAUGUGUCCAACAUUAGGAUGAGUAACCACUUUUAGGUUUCCAGGUAUCAAAAUGCAUGAUAGUCCUUCUCUUUUAUGGCAGAAACACAAAUUUGUCACUUCAUAUAACCUUUCCUCACUCCUGCUGAACAAGGUAUGUCUUACUAAUGAAUCUCUAGUAAGUUUAUUUGGAGAAAUCUAUUUCCUUUCAGCAAGGGUUCUUUUAUGUAGUUUAAUUGAAGCCAGAGCUGUGAUCCCAAACUUUUUACAUAACCCUAGUUCAACAGUUCACAAACAGGAGGGCACAUCAGAAGCACCUGAAGGGUUGCUUGGAGGCAGCAUGCUGGCAUUUGUACACAGAGGUUCUCAUUUAGCGUGUGGGGUAUGACCUGCUUCAGGCUGCAAGGUGACGCUGCUGCUCCAGUAUCCACACUGAGAAGCCCUGCCCUAGGUCUGUGUUGUCUACUUGAUAGCUGCUAAGAACAUGUAGCUAUUUAAAUUUAAAUUGUAGAAAGUAAAAUUUAAAAAGAAGAUUCUCUGUCACUUCAUGUUCAACAUCAUAUUCCGAGUGCUCGGUAACCACACAUCUAGAGCAUUUCUAUCACAGCAGAAAGUGUACUGAGCAGAGAGCUGCCCUACAUUGUCUCUAGAUGUGAGCUGAAUCCACUGGCUCCUGAUCAGCUCCUCCUGUGAGCUGUUUUUCUAUCCUGCGUUUGCCCACAAAAACUUAGCCAGAGGUGGUGAUUGAGUACGGAGUUCACUAUGGCAGCCAGUCUCUUGCCCUGCAUUCCAUCACCAUCACCUCGGUCCUGCUUCCCUCUUUCCUGAGUAGUUAACCCGCCCCUCCUUGUUCCACCCCUGCUCCUAAAGGAAUCCAUGUGUCUUCCUGAAGUCCUCUUUGAUCCUUCCCUUUAUAAACACCGUCAGUGCCUACUAAGGGUCUACAUAGACCUCCGCUGAGCAGUCAGAGUCUUCCCUGGCUCCACAAUGCCCCUUUCCUUGGCUGACCAGCUCACCUGCUGGUCCCUAACUUUCCCUGGCCUAUCCGUGCCUCCCUGACUACUUCUAGAUUUUACCUACCCCUUCUGCCCCCAUCCACUCAUACUCAUCUUCAUAAACGACAUCUAUACUCCCCCUGAAGAGGCUGAGGCUUUUGUGAUCCUAGUCUGCAUUAUGGGAUGAAAUGUAUGUUACCGAAGAAUCUUGUUUUUAUUUUACUUGAAAACAGUAGUUUUUCCCAUCAUAAAAUGGAUGAACUGGAAAACAGAAGUGUAAUAAAAAAGCAACGAAAUACAUGAAGCUUGUGUCCUGAGAUAGUCACUAAUAUCUUGUCCUUUCGGGUGGCAUGAAUUUGUCACAUUGUGAUCUUACUAUGUUCUGUAUAAUGGAAGUUAUGCCUUUUUUGCAGUAUUAUGUAUGGUGAUUUCAGAGCUUUGCAAAGAUACUUUAUGUGCUGGUAAACCACGUAGUUUUGUCACAAUUUAGGUAACCUUCUUUCAGUUGUUGGAAAUGUAGCUUAUUCCUGAAUUAACAGUAAUACAAAUAAUGAUGUGAUGUCAGCUUUGUGAAUAAAACAUUUUUAUGUAUUCAAAAUUAUGCGCUUAGGAUAGUCUUUCAGUGCCAAGUUUGUCAAAAAGAUCUUUGUUUUGCUGCUUUCCUCACUCUGUUGCAACCUUAAGAUAGUGCAGCUUAAAGAAACAAAGUAAUAAGCAUACAAAUAAAAGCAAACAGCCCUGUAGUAACAGGCGAAAACCGAUAGCUUAUUUUAACUUCGAAUUCUUUUCCAGUGACCUUGAUUGUUGUUCUUUCUGUAUGGGUUUUACACAGUCACAUUUCCAGUUGUAUGAACUUGUCUUUAAAUGUUGUUUAUGGAUUUUACUUUUAAAAGUAAAUAAUUUUUCCUUAAUAUUUUCCUGUUACACAUGGAGACCCUAUGAUCUGGAGAUUCAAUAAAUAUUCAUUUUGCUUU